CUUGACCGGCUUGCGUCGUCUAUACAAACAUUCAUGCUAAACUUUGCAAAAUGCAGUUUUGCCUCAAAAUCAUUUUUUUUUAAGCAUAAAGGAUAAAGGAGCCCCGGCCCAGCAUUAUGGCCAAUGUUUUCUUCGCAUUUAAAUUUUAAACAUUCAACGUUGAGUUUUCCCUCCCAACUCCGACGAAAGAACAAGAGCAACAAAAUCCCACCGGAGAUGAACUCCCAAACUCAAAUUCAAUCGCAGAAACCCCCAAUUAGCCAGCGUAGUACCACCAAUUCAGCCACCAACACCGCCACCGCCACCGCCACCGCCGCCGCCUCAAAAAAGCAAUGGUCAAUCCAUGAUUUCGAAAUUGGGAAGCCCCUGGGCAAAGGCAAAUUCGGCCGCGUCUACCUCGCCCGUGAAGUCAAGAGUAAGUUCAUAGUGGCGCUAAAGAUAAUCUUCAAGGAACAGAUAGAGAAGCAUGGGUUGUACAAUCAAUUAAGGAGAGAAAUGGAAAUUCAGUUUAAUCUUAGACACCCUAAUGUUUUGAGGCUCUAUGGUUGGUUCCAUGAUGAUCAGCGCAUUUGUCUGAUCUUGGAAUAUGCUCACGGCGGUGAACUCUACCGCCAUCUCCGCAAAUCCGGCUCCUUCUCUGAGAAACAAGCUGCCACUUACGUAGCAAGUCUCACACAAGCAUUGGCUUAUUGUCAUGAGAAGAAUGUGAUUCACAGAGAUAUUAAGCCCGAAAACUUGCUAUUGGAUCACGAGGGGUGUUUAAAGAUAGCUGACUUUGGAUGGUCAGUCCAGUUGAAAUCAGAAAGGAAAAGGAUGACAAUGUGUGGAACUUUGGACUAUUUACCACCAGAAAUGGUGGAAGAGAAGGCAUAUGAUUAUGCAGUCGACAACUGGACUUUGGGUGUGCUCUGCUAUGAGCUUUUAUAUGGUGCCCCUCCCUUUGAGGCAGAAAGCCAAAAAGAUACAUUCAGAAGGAUAAUGAAGGUUGAUCUAAGUUUCCCAUCUAAUCCUGUUGUGUCAUCAGAAGCCAAAGAUCUAAUUAGUCGGCUUCUGGUCAAGGAUGCAUCGAAGAGGCUCUCCCUUAAGGAAAUCCUGGAGCAUCCAUGGGUAGUUAAGAAUGCUGAAUGUUGAAUGCUGAAUCAGUAUUUCCCACCCGCAACUUGUAUUAGCAUUGGGAUUUUAGGCUUUUGUCUUCUUUGUACCGCAAAAGAAAAAAAAAAAACAGUUGAAUGCUCUGUCGCAAGCGCAAAGUAGGAUUAUUGUUCCAUCCUAACUUAACUGUAUCAAGUAGGGAAUGUUUGACCUCUUGUUCAAGUUCAGCAACUUUGCAUCACUGCCUUUCUCCAUGAUUCUGCAUUUCUUUUAAGUGAAUAAGAACACCUUUU